UAUAUCGAUCACGAGAACGGAGCGUCACACGCGCAGCAGAGCUCUGACAUCCAGCGCGCCAUCCUGGGAUUAAACCACACAGGACAAUAAGGAAUUCUUUAAAAUAUCAUCCAAUGAGUGGAAGUACAUUUCUACGACUUGUGGGUUUCAUCCUCAGCGCGACAGGUGUAUAUGCCUCCUGUCCCAUUGAGCUGAACCCCCCCAGAGUUGUGGUGAAAUAUGGAGACCCCGUCUCAGUCAACUGCAGCACAUCACUCACAGAGCAUGAAGGAAUGGGCUGGGAGUCCCCAGUUGGAGGUGUUGGUCUAACAGAAAAUGUUGACUAUCUGACCUGGACUGUGCCGAGGCUAACACAGUGGUCCAUCGCUCCCAAAUGCUUCAUCAACCCACCAGAGCCAGAAGAACAGUGUCUAGAGGUCCUCCAAGUUGUCCUUUACACUUUUCCAGAUAAGGUCACCAUAAGCUCCAAUGCUGGACCUGAUGGUUUGAUGAAUGAAGGGAAGACGUACCACUUCACAUGUAACAUCCAGAAAGUAGCGCCAGUUCGAAACCUCGCCAUGAAGUGGUACAAAGGAGAGACACUCAUCAAAACUGACUAUUUUGACAAUCUCAAAAAGGAACCAGUGAAUCAGCCAGCUGUCCUCACCUUUAUACCCAGUAGAGAUGACAACAAUGUCCAAGUCAGAUGUGAGGCUCAUCUGGACCUGGGGCCAGAAACACCUCACCUGUCUGCCACUUCACCAGAAUAUUCUGUUUCGGUUCUCUAUGGACCGGAUAUAACCUGUUCUGAUAUUGACAUAUUGGAAGGAGAGGCUUUGGCGGGGCGAUGUUCUGUGGCAGGAAAUCCCGCCCCUCACAUUAGCUGGCUGAAAGAUGGACGGCCCAUAAACCCUAAUGUCACACUGAAGAGGGAGGAUACAGGGAUGUACACCAUUACAGCUGAGGGUUUGACCAACGCCAGCCAACCUUUUCAUGUCUCUGUGUUGUAUGGACCAGAAAUCACCUGUUCGGAUACAUACAGUGCAAUGGAGAAUGGUUUUCUCAACCUGGCCUGCGCUAAUGGCUAUCCUCAUCCCACCAUAACCUGGUACAGAGAUGAUGACGAGGUGCACCUUCCAGAGGUCCUAACCAAAGAUGAUGAAGGGUCGUACACGAUUGUUGCCUCAAAUCAACUUGGAAAUGUCAGCCAUACAUUGUACAUUAAUAUCACGUACCCACCAUCGGAGAUCAAGGAGCUAGAGAACACUGAAGUUGAGGUCGGCUCCACCACGGUGCUGAAGUGCUCUUCCACGGGCAACCCGCGGCCUGUAUAUUCCUGGAGUUACUACCAGGAUGCCAAUGUGUAUGUGAAAAAUGAAGAUGGGGUGUCCCUCCUGCACAUCCGCCAUGCCUCUGCAAACAACAAUGGCUCCUACACGUGUAAAGCCUCCAACAGUUUCGGAAACGUCUCUAAAACAGUCGUGGUCACUGUAAAAGGUGCAAGAGCCGAAUGCCCCAUCAAAAUAACUCCAGACAGGAUGGUGGUACCAUAUCAACACCGGGGCGUGGCGACGUGCAAGCCUGUUUCCGACAUAGCCUCAAACGUCAAAGCACUAUACUGGCAGGCUUCACAGGGCAACAUCAAUGGCACUCAGUGGUCUAACACCCAAGACAACUGGGACGCUCGGCCUGUCUGUGUUGCAACAUUUGAGGGAAUCGGAAAGUGCGAGAAACAUUUAGACUUUACCAUGUACAAAACACCAGACAGCGUUUCCAUCCGUGCUUUGAAUCACACGGGCCCGAUGAUGGUGGAGGAAGACUACCAGCUGCAGUGUGAUAUCAUCAGCAUUGCUCCUGUGCAGAUCCUCACCGUGAUGUGGUACAGAGGAAAUGAAACCAUCAAGAGCAAUGCAGGCACACUGCGAGUGACCGGCUGCCCACAGGACGACAAGACGGGCUGUGUGAUCAGGGCACCAGUGAACGUGACGUCCACCAUCAGCAUCAGGCUGGACAGAAGUCACAGUCGGGUGGAGUUCAGGUGUGAAGCUCAGCUGGACCUCGGACUAGAGGGACGACAGCCUCCUGAGACCAAGAGCUCCGUUCCUCUCGACGUCACGGUCCACUAUAAGCCGAUCAUUAAUGCCACAAAACUUCCGACGAGAAUACCGGUAUUCAGAGGUUAUCCUGAAGACUUGGUUUGUGAAGCUGAGGGUCACCCAACACCGAAGAUCCAGUGGUUCUACAGCUCAGAAAACGUGAUCCGUGUGUCUGAAGGCAAACUCACUGUCUCUGAAGCGGGCCUGUACACCUGCAACGCCACUAAUGAAGUCGAUUCCAGCAUCCUUGUGGUGGAGGUGAUUUUAAAAGAGGACUACCUGCCCAUCAUAGCAGGAUUGGUGGCCAUCACAGUAGUGGGCAUCUGCAUCAUCUUCGCCGUCAUCUACUCCGUCUACUACAAGAACACCAAGAUGCGCCGCUACAGUCUGAAAAACCCCAAACUCAGCACCCAGAAUGGCAACGUAGCUCACAACGGCUUUGACGUACAGCUCCCCAUGACCAAACUGUCUUAGCAGCACAUCUAUUUCUAGUACAGAACAUGUCUGACCACUCUGAAUGAGGAGCCCCUCUCACCCACCAGAGACUUCAAUGGUAAAGGGGCUGAAUGCCACUCAGUCAGCUGGCUGACUCUGGACUUUAGACAUUUGGGAAAUACCUCUUGCAGUCCUCCAAUACUUAACACACACUGUUGUCACCACAAAAAGAGCCCAAAUAUAUUCUUGUUUUACCAUUUAUUUAACAACCUGAUCAUCAAGCCAGUAAAUGUCAGCUUGUAGUGCAGGCUGUCACACAUGCUCCUGGAGUUUGCCUGUUUCACUGGACAGAAAGAAGAGGAGGCGCAAAGACUGAAAUUUUAGUUCGACUUGACAGAGAAAAAGCUUUAGUAUCUUGUCUUUUUUUUAAAAGCACAAAGGGAAUCUUUCCCAUUUAGAUUUUACUGUAAAUUUUCCAUGACAGACUAGCACAGAAAAACGACAUUAUGACAACACGAGGACAUGACUAAUGCACAGACAAGACAAACCAGCGAACGGAGGGAGGGGGAGUUUUACAGUGUUAUUUUAUUUUAUGCAUGUGUUUCUAUUCAACACAUAGUGUGUUUAUAGGAACACAUGGAUGCACAUGAUCUUACAUCAACACAUGCUUUGCUCCAACACAUAAAUUUAUAUUUUUUUAACCAAACAUUACAGGAACAGACAAGAUGGUUGAGACCUGGAGUGAAUAUUGUGAAUCCAACAAUAAGCAUGUUACAAAGAGAAGAGGGCAAGAUGUUAAGAGUCCGGGAAUCACCAUGUUGUGCCCUAUAAGCCAUUCCCUCCACUGUCCAGAUAUGCCAGAGAUGAUGCAGCUUACCCGAAAUCUUAAACAUUUGGACAGUGAUACUGAAUUCCUCCAAAUUCUGCCCCGCGCAAGUGUGGUGAAUGAGAUACCCAGGUCUUGCUCCUGUCUUUUCUGUUUCUGGAUAUUGCUAUUAGAGAAGGAAAGGUGAAGAUGCUUAUAUACUGUAUACCUGGCACCAUUCUCCUGUCAUUUGCAAGUUUUUUAGGCUGUUACUCAGAUAUUGAUGGCAACCUACUGUGUAUGCAUACCCUUUGAGAUUAUUUAAAUGCAAUUAAGAGAGAAAAGGGGGGAUUCAUUCAGACUGAAUUUUUAUAUCAUUUCUGAAAAGUAUGAAGUAUGGUGGCGCCCACAAAUGGAGAAUAGUGUUAAUGGAUUAUUCAGCCUUGCAAUAGGUUUGGCACAAUACCAUUAUGCUGCUAGAGAAAUAGAUUUGUUACAGAUUUGUAGCAGCACAAAGGGAAUCUAAUGUAAAUAUGAAUGUCUUCAUUGUCUUUGGUUUCAAAGUUACAUCUUGGAUUCUUUGUUUUGUUUUCUUCUCAUGAAACCCUCAUACACACAAACUUUGAUAAAUUACCGCAGUUACUAGACAAAUGACACAUUAUUGUGGCACCAAGUUGCACGUGAUAGCCAGAGAUUGCUGGUGUGGUGUGUAUAGGACCCCACUAACAUGAGGCGCACUAUUUCCUUUUCAUCUCUUCCUUGCAUAACUUAAAUUAUGACAUUUAAGCUGUGCUUGAUUUGUGGACAUUGUUGUCUGCACCUAUCAAGUCCAGUUGUUUUUUUUGUUUUUUUUUCCCAAGCCUCUGGCCUUGGGGUUUUGGAGAUGUACUUUGAUCUGUAUCAUCUGAAUCCUUCAAAUGAAUGACUUUGGUGAUUACAAACUAGUGCCUACUGCAAUUGUACAGUCAGAAAAUAGUAUGCAGAUGUAAAAUGUGAUAUUUAUUUAUGAGAAACAAAGAUGAAGUCAGUGUAAAUGGGCACAAAGUGGAUUUACUUGCAUAAACUAUGCAAGUAAGAGAAGAUGCCUGCACCUUGACAUGUGUUGAGGUCGAUAACUGCAAAUGAUGGGAGGGUAGUUGUUGGUGUGAGGAGGUUGUGCCUGAUAAUAAGUAAUUACUGGUCUUUGAACGACUUUGUAACCCAUUUGUGCAUACUGCUGUAAAUUUUCAUAACUGUUUGGUUUAAAACAAAAUUUUAUAUUAAAAAGUUGGCUUUUCAAUGA